AUGGGCAAGAAAAAUCUGGACGAUCGUCCCGCGUAUCUGACUGCCGACGAUGCGAAAUACUCGCUCGGCGUGCAUCGUGGGCCAUUGCCGCCCGCUGGCCUCGAUGAGAGCUCCCAGCUCGAGCAUGUCGAGUCGGCCGGUGGUCUUUCGCUCGUGAAGAAGGAGCGCAAGAAAAAGGAGAAGUUUGCUCAGCAUUGGAAGCGAUUCUGGUGUUGCUACCUCUUUCUGAAUAUCAUCUUUCUUGCUAUUUUCUUGCCCGUCUUCUUCACGGUUGCCAUCCCCGCCAUUUCACAGAUGGUCGUGAACAAAUCCGACCUGGUCCUCGUCAAUGCCGCCGUGAUGCAGCCGCGCCCCGACUCAAUUAAGCUGACGCUGAAGUCGGCACUGAACCUGAAGGUCGCGUUGCCUGUGCGCAUCGAGGAUAUUGAUCUGAAUUUGUUUGUGCGCGACACGGGCCCAUCAAACCCCUGGGCCCAGAUCACUAUCGACGGCAAGACGAUCAAGGGCAACACGACCCUCGGUAUCUCAGAGAAGCACACGCCACUGGUCAAUCUGACCACCUGGACAGACUAUGUCCACAAUGUCGUGUUCAAGAAAGAAACGGCCCUGUCGAUCAAGGGCACAACGAACUCGUACUUGGGGGUGCUUAAGUCCAGGGUCACUAUGGACAAAGACGUGUUGUCUCCUACUCUUGAUUCCUUCUCUGGGUUUUCCAUUUCCGACACAUCACUGGUCGCGACACGCCCCGACGGCACGAACCUGGUCGGCAACGCCUCGCUCCCGAACCCAUCAGUGCUGACCCUGGAAAUUGGCACGCUAGUACUCGACGUCAAGAGCGGGGAUUUAUUAAUUGGGAAUACUACCCUGGAAAAUCUCGAACUCAAGCCGGGGCCGAAUGUCUGGCCUCUGACCGGGAUCCUGGAUCUGGGAACCAUACUUAAACACCUACCAGAGGUGAUCAAGUCGCAAAAAGACUCCCUUUCAAAGGGCCAACUCAGCCUGGACACCGUGACCCGGACGGUGACGUGGAACGGCACCCUGGUGCCGUACUACACAGACGUCAUGAAGCAGCUCACGCUGACGGCCAACGUGCAAAUCGUCGAGCUCUUGAAGAACACCAUCCACAACCUCUUGCACAGCAACACGAGCCUCAGCGAUAUGGUGCACUCGGCUGGCGGCAACAGCUCUAUCACGAAGGAUAUCCUGAACUCGGCGAGAAACAACACCGGCGGAGGCGGCACCUCGUUAUUGUCCAACAAGCUCAAGAACAACCUCGCCGUGCGCAACCUGCUUCGAGAUGAGCAUCCGGUCAAGCGGGACUCGAUCAUCGACUCGCUAGUCGAGCUAUACACCAAGUUGUGA